UUCCUGUCGCAGGCUCCAGCACCAUGACAGUUUCAUACACCCUCAAAGUGGCAGAGGCACGCUUUGGAGGCUUCUCCAGCCUGCUCCUUCGCUGGAGGGGCAGCAUCUACAAGCUUCUCUACAAAGAGUUCCUGGUCUUUGUGGCCCUGUAUGCCAUGCUCAGCAUCACAUACCGGUUACUGCUGACCCAGGAGCAGAGGCACGUGUAUGCCCAGGUGGCUCGAUACUGCAACCGUUCUGCCGACCUCAUCCCCUUGUCCUUUGUACUGGGUUUCUAUGUGUCUUUGGUGGUCAACCGCUGGUGGUCUCAGUAUACAAGCAUCCCGUUGCCAGACCAGCUGAUGUGCGUCAUCUCGGCCAGCGUGCACGGCGUGGACCAGCGUGGCCGCCUGCUACGCCGCACUCUCAUCCGGUAUGCCAACCUGGCGUCGGUGCUGGUGCUGCGCUCGGUGAGCACUCGCGUGCUCAAGCGCUUCCCCACCAUGGAGCACGUGGUGGACGCAGGUUUCAUGUCACAGGAGGAGAGGAAAAAGUUUGAGAGCUUGAAAUCUGACUUCAACAAAUACUGGGUCCCCUGCGUCUGGUUCACUAAUCUGGCGGCCCAGGCCCGCAGGGAUGGGCGAAUCCGUGACGACAUUGCUCUCUGUCUCCUUCUGGAAGAGCUGAACAAGUACCGUGCCAAGUGCAGUAUGCUGUUCCACUAUGACUGGAUUAGCAUCCCCCUCGUCUACACCCAAGUGGUGACCAUAGCUGUAUACUCCUUCUUUGCCCUUUCCCUGGUUGGACGCCAGUUUGUUGAGUCUGACGCAGGGGCUGUCAAACCUCAAGAACUUGAGCCAGCCCUGGGGGACCUGGACAUGUACGUUCCUCUCACCACAUUGCUGCAAUUCUUCUUCUACGCUGGCUGGCUCAAGGUGGCUGAACAGAUCAUCAACCCCUUCGGUGAAGAUGAUGAUGACUUUGAGACUAAUCAGCUCAUAGACAGGAACUUGCAGGUGUCCCUGCUAUCCGUGGAUGACAUGUACCAGAAUCUGCCCCCCGCUGAGAAGGACCCAUACUGGGAUGAGGACCAGCCGCAGCCGCCCUACACUGUGGCCACAGCGGCUGAUUCACUGCGGCCUUCCUUUCUGGGCUCCACCUUCAACCUGCGCAUGAGCGACGACCUCGAGCAGAGCGUGCAGGUGGAGGCGUCCCCGAGGUUGGCUCCGCCCGUGGCCGCCGCGCAGACCCCGCUACUUGGUCGCUUCCUGGGCGCAGGUGCGCCCUCACCCGCCAUCAGUCUCCGGAACUUCGGCCGCGCGCGCGGUGCUCCCCGGACCCCACAUCUGCUGCGUUUCCGGGCCGAGGACGGCGGCGACCCCGAGGCUGCGGGCCGCAUUGAAGAGGAGGAGGUGGUAGCCUCCGAAGACGAGGUCCUGGAGUCCUGAGGCUCUGGUCUGUC